CUAAAUUCUUCAUUUCAGAUUAUCGACCCCGAAACGGGCAACGAGCAAAGUACAGGCGAAAUCGGUGAGAUUUGCCUACGAGGUCCGACGGUGAUGCUCGGCUACUUUCAUAACGUCGAGGCCACAAAGGAUUGCAUCAGAGAUGGAUGGUUGCACACAGGUGAUCUCGGUUACGUAGACGACAAGAACUACCUCUUUGUGGUGGAUCGUCUCAAGGAGCUCAUCAAAGUGAAGGGAUUCCAGGUACCGCCAGCUGAAUUAGAGGACAUCUUAUUGUCUCAUCCUCAGAUACGGGAUGCAGCUGUGAUUGCAGUUCCGCAUGCUGAGAAAGGAGAGGUUCCAAAAGCAUACGUCGUGCGCACAACAGACACCCUCCGAGAGGAUGAUGUCAAGGUUUCUUCGUAUAAACAUCUGGCAGGCGGAGUUGAGUUUCUAGAGGCUAUUCCAAAAUCGCCCACAGGCAAAAUUCUCAGGCAAAUAUUCUCGGGAAUCGGAAUAAAUCGAGUCAAAUGA